GCUGCAUCGAGAUAUGUCGAGGAGGAAUAAAGUGAAUAAAUAAUGCGGCAUCGUACAGAAUGUAUGGUAUAUGGUCCUAAGCUCGCGUCUAAGGCCCUUGCCGACGGCCCGUGUGACGUGGCAGAUCGCCCACUAGUUCAUCAAUAGUCUCCCUCUGCCGGUUCGUCGCUAUCACAAUCUGGUAAGGCUAACGUCACGAUAGCCUUCAGCUCUCAGCUCGAUCGACCCAAACAAGACAUGAGCAACACUUCAGGAAGUCCAAGAGCUGAUCACGUACCAUUCAGGGUUUUUGUCUCAACUUGAAUUGAGUACCAUUCGCUGGGCGAUUCUCACCGAUGCGGGGCUGGCCUCAAUUGAGGUCCAAGCAACUGAUACAUGCACAGAACUGUCAUAUUCAGCCAGCCACUUUUAUACGCUUUGAAAUGAUCGACAAUGAAGUCUUGAUCGUCGAUGUUGAGAAGGGAGACUGAAAGGUAUAAGAAGGGCAGAAAUACACUGCAGUGUAAUGGCAGCCUUACAUCUUUGUCUCCGUUAUAUCCAAAGCCAUACAAGUGUAACCUACUGUAUCGCACAAGUCACCGUAGCUACAAUGCUUCUCAAGAUCCUUGUUUCCAUCACAGCUGCCGUUGCAGUCACAGCAUCAGCACUCGACAAACCAGUUGGCGCUUCUGGCUGUCGAUGGGAGGGCACAGCUCCCUACUGUGACGGCGAGUGCGAACCUGGCUGGACCGAGAGAGGACGCAGUCAAUGCGGCGAUGGCAGCUGCUGUUGGACAGGCAGCAAAGCCCUCUGCUGUGAAGACGAGGAUGCCGUCCAGAAAUUGGUGCAGCAGCAGGACAAAGUUGGCGCUUCUGGCUGUCGAUGGGAGGGCACAGCUCCUUACUGCGAAGGCGAGUGCGAGCCUGGCUGGAGUGAGAGGGGACGCAGUCAAUGUGGAGAUGGUAGCUGCUGUUGGACUGGCAGCAAGGCCCUGUGCUGCGAAGAUGACGAUGCCAACCGGGAUCUCUAGAUUAGUUACCUAGUAUUGGGAAGCAAAUCCAACUCUGUAUGUAGCUAUUAUGGUGAUUCUGUGGCAAUGUACUCUACUAUAAUACCAUGCUAUGUACGACAAGUGCCGUAAGUGCAGUCACUUUGGUAGGUAGUUUUGAUCAAGAAGUGAUU